GUCGACUCUUAGCUGGUAGGCUCUUCGGCGUCGAGCCAUGGGAGGCCUAGAGAAGAAGAAGUACGAACGUGGCUCUGCCACCAACUAUAUCACCCGAAACAAAGCCCGGAAGAAGCUGCAGCUGAGCUUGGCUGAUUUCAGGCGGCUGUGCAUCCUAAAGGGCAUUUAUCCCCAUGAGCCCAAACACAAGAAGAAGGUUAACAAGGGCUCCACAGCGGCCCGAACUUUUUACCUCAUCAAAGACAUCAAGUUUCUCCUCCACGAACCCAUUGUCAACAAGUUCCGGGAAUACAAGGUGUUUGUCCGGAAGCUCCGGAAGGCCUACGGGAAGAGUGAGUGGAACACUGUCGAGCGCCUGAAGGAUAAUAAGCCCAACUACAAACUUGACCACAUCAUCAAGGAACGGUACCCCACGUUCAUCGACGCUCUGCGGGACCUGGAUGAUGCCCUCUCCAUGUGCUUCCUCUUUUCCACCUUCCCACGGACUGGCAAGUGCCACGUGAACACCAUUCAGCUCUGCCGCCGGCUCACUGUGGAGUUCAUGCACUACGUCAUUGCCGCCCGUGCCCUGCGCAAGGUCUUCCUGUCCAUCAAAGGCAUCUACUACCAGGCCGAGGUGCUGGGACAGCCCAUCGUGUGGAUCACACCCUACGCCUUCUCCCAUGAUCACCCGACAGACGUGGACUACAGGGUCAUGGCCACCUUCACCGAGUUCUACACCACCUUGCUGGGCUUUGUCAACUUCCGCCUCUACCAGUCGCUCAACCUCCACUACCCUCCCAAGCUUGAGAGUCAGGCCCACGCAGAGGCACAGACUGGUGAGGGCACCUACGCACUGGAUUCCGAGAGCUCUAUGGAGAAACUGGCAGCCCUUAGUGCCAGCCUGGCCCGGGUGGUGGUGCCUGCUGUGGAGGAGGAGGCCGAAGUAGAUGAGUUUCCUGCCGAUGGGGAGGUGGCGGUGCAGGAGGAGGAACACAGGAAGGAGCUGGAAGCACAGGAAAAGCACAAGAAGCUUUUUGAGGGCCUGAAGUUCUUCCUGAAUCGCGAGGUACCCCGAGAAGCCCUGGCCUUCAUCAUCAGGAGUUUUGGGGGGGAAGUGUCCUGGGACAAGUCUGUCUGCAUUGGGGCCACCUAUGACGUCACGGACUCCUGCAUCACCCACCAGAUUAUUGACCGGCCUGGGCAACAGACCUCCGUCAUUGGCAGGUACUACGUGCAGCCCCAGUGGGUGUUUGACUCUGUGAACGCCCGGCUCCUCCUCCCUGUGGCAGAGUACUUCCCUGGCGUGCAGCUGCCCCCGCACCUCUCGCCCUUCGUGUCCGAGAAGGAAGGAGAUUACAUCCCCCCUGAGAAGCUGAAGCUGCUGGCUCUGCAGCGGGGAGAGGACCCAGGAAACUUGAAUGAGUCAGAAGAGGAGGAGGAAGAGGAGGAAGACAACGAAGACGAUGGUGAUGAAGCGGGAGAAAAUGAAGAAGAGGAGAAAGAUGUGGAGACUGGUUCAGAAAAGGAGGAAGAAGCCCGACUGACAGCCCUGGAGGAGCAGAGGAUGGAGGGGAAGAAGCCCCGGGUGAUGGAAGGCACCGUGAAGCUGGAGGACAAGCAGCGGCUGGCCCACGAGGAGGAGAGCGAGGCCAAGCGCCUGGCCAUCAUGAUGAUGAGGAAGCGGGAGAAGUACCUGUACAACAAGAUCAUGUUUGGCAAGAGGCGCAAAAUCCGCGAGGCCAAUAAGCUGGCAGAGAAGCGGAAAGCCCAUGAUGAGGCCGUGAGGUCUGAGAAGAAGGCCAAGAAGGCAAGGCCGGUGUGAGCGCCGGCGGCCCCUCCCUAGGCUGAGACCAGUUCCUGGCAGCUGGGCGUGGAAAAGGCAGGCCAAAGGACCUAAGCUUGGUGACAGACCAGAGUCACCUCUGUUCUCAUUCCCCCUUUUCCCCUGGCCAGCCCUGGCCCCUUCAUGCUCUCUGGCUGGAGCCAUGGGCAGCUCUGGCCUCCCUUGGUGGCUUCCAGCUGGUAGCUGAACAGAGAAGCGGCCUCUGUGCCCAACCUGAUUCUGUGCUCCCAGAAGACAGUGCAGGAGCCUAACCAGCCCCUCACCUGCUGCCCCCAUUCACCCUGGCUUUGCACAGCUCUCCACCCCCAUGGUUGGACCCAUGAUUCUUGGGGUGUUGUGAUGAGGUGACGGUCGGGGGUUUGGUAUUUGUUAUUAAACAGCUAGACUUUUG